AUGUCUUCUGUCAGCGCUGCUUUGAAAUCACGUAUUCGCCGUCCACAACUUCUCAAGAAGGUCAUGAAGGCUGAAGAUACCGUUCCCAUUUUCCAAGAUGGUCAAUACCUUGGAUGGUCUGGAUUCACUGGUGUUGGCUACCCAAAAAUGAUCCCAGCUGCCCUUGCCGAUCACGUUGAAAAGAACAAUCUCCAAGGAAAGAUGAAGUUCAACUUGUUUGUUGGUGCAUCCACGGGUGCCGAGACCGAAGAUCGUUGGGCACGUUUGGACAUGAUUGAUCGCCGCUAUCCCCAUCAAGUGGGCAAGAAUAUCAAAAAGGGCAUCAAUGAAGGCCGCAUUCGCUUUGCUGAUAAGCAUCUGUCAAUGUUCCCGCAAGAUUUGCUCUAUGGCUAUUACACCAAGGACAAGCCCAACAACAAGCUUGAUGUAGUCAUUGUCGAAGCCACUGCUAUCACUGAAGAUGGUGCUAUUGUUCCUGGUGCCUCUGUUGGUGCCACCCCCGAAUUGCUCCAAAUGGCCGACAAGGUCAUUAUCGAAGUCAACACUCGUAUCCCCUCUUUUGAAGGCCUUCAUGAUAUGGUGAUGGGCUGCAAGCCUCCUCAUCGCAAGCCCUACCUUAUCAUGAACACUGAGGAUCGUAUUGGCACGACCGCCCUCCCUAUCGAUCAAGACAAGAUUAUCGCUGUUGUUGAGAGUGAUCGUCCAGAUAAUACUGGUCCCAAUUCGCCUGCUGAUGCCACCUCCGAAGCUAUUGCUAGCCAUCUUAUUGAAUUCCUCUCUCAUGAAGUUAAGAUGGGUCGUCUUCCCGAUAACCUCUUGCCCUUGCAAUCGGGUAUUGGUAACAUUGCCAACGCUGUUAUUGGUGGUUUAGCCAAAUCACCUUUCAAGGACGUCACUGUCUUUACAGAGGUGUUGCAAGAUACUUUCCUUGAAUUCUUUGAUUCCGAUAAGCUCAAGUUUGCCAGUGCCACAUCCAUUCGUUUCUCGCCUGAAGGAUUUGAUCGCUUCUACAACAACUGGGAAAAGUAUAAGGAUCGUCUUUUGUUGCGUUCUCAACAAGUCUCCAACUCGCCUGAAAUCAUUCGUCGUCUUGGUUGUAUCGCUAUGAACACCCCUGUUGAAGUGGAUAUCUAUGCACAUGCCAAUUCUACUAUGGUGUGCGGCUCUGGCAUGUUGAAUGGUCUUGGUGGAUCUGGCGACUUUUUGCGUAACGCAUCCCUGUCAAUUAUGCAUACACCCUCGUCUCGUCCUUCAAAGACCGAUCCUACCGGUAUCUCGUGCAUUGUUCCAUUUGCUACCCAUAUCGAUCACACCGAGCACGAUCUCGAUAUUAUUGUGACUGAACAAGGUCUUGCUGAUGUUCGUGGCCUUUGCCCACGUGAUCGCGCCCAAGUCAUUAUUGACAAGUGUGCCCAUCCUGAUUACAAGCCUCUUCUUCAAGACUACUUUGACUUUGCCACCAAGCGUUGUCUUGCCGCUGGUCGUGGUCACGAGCCCCACAUGCUUGAAAAGGCAUUCAAGAUGCAUACCAACCUUACGGAAAAGGGUACCAUGAAGAUUGACUCUUGGUAA